GAGGGCACAAGCGAACCGCUGAACGAGCUGCCGGGCCAGGCCGAACUGUUCGCCGAGAUCGACCAGAGGUAUGCUCACCAGGCUACCUCGUUUGUCGAGUACACUGAGUGUCAGAGAGGGCCCAACCGGUCUCCCCAGCGCGGCGAGGGGUUAGGCCACGGCGGACUUGUGAGGCUUGUGCCAGGUGGGCCCCUCACGGCGAGGAGAAUGCUAGGUCAGCCCCUCGCGUCUGCCAUCCACAGCGACCAUGAGACUAAUGAGACGGAGCCGAGGACUGUGCCAGGUGGACCUCUCAGCUACAUCAGUGAGCUGCAGAACGAGAUGUCGGGGCAGAACGAGCCCUUCGCCGAGAUCGACCAGAGGGACGCUCGCCAGGCCACCUUGCCUGUCGAGUAUAUGCAGAGAACCCGCUCUGAGCCUCGGAGAGAGGCCAACCAGUCUCCCCAGCGCGGCGAGGGGUCAGGCCACGGCGGACAGGUGAGGUUCGUGCCAGGUGGGCCCCUCACGGCGACGACUGCGCUAGGCGAGCCCCUCGCGCCCGCCACCCACACGGACCAGAAGACCAACGAGACGGAGCAGAGGACUGUGCCAGGUGGGCCCCCCAGCUACACCAGCGAGCAGCAGAACGCGGCGUCGGAGCAGGCCGAACUCACCGCCGAGAUCCACCAAGGGGCCGCUCGCCAUGCCACCCCGGCGUGGCGCGACACUCGUGCCAAGGAGCUCGCCAAGGAGGAGCUCGCAAAGGCCAUGAGCGACCUGAAAGCCAAGGCCGAAAACGACCUCGUCGAGCGGCCCUACCUCACGAUGGAGAGCAUGGGGAUGGCGUUGAGCAGCUUCCAGGCAG